AUGCACGUCAAAAAUGGUCUUCGUCAGAUAAAUCUCAAGUUUCAUUUUCAUUCAUCUUACGACGAGACGAUCAAUGGACUUCGAAUCAGAAGCCCUAAAAAGGGAGGUGGAUCAACUUGCUAUCUGUACAUUACAAACAGCAAUGGCUCGUCAAAAUUCCGAGCAAUCGCUGAAAAUAUCAGUCAAAAAACUGGAAAUGUAACAAACAAAACAGACGAGAUCUACAGCUCUGGCGGAAGCGAACAAUGCGUUUCAACUCCUUUUGUUGGACCUGCUGGAUUUAUAAGAUGGAACAUUCAGCUUUUUGCCAGAUUAGACAGCUCGAUUUCAAGCCUCGAAGCGGAAUUAAAAGAAGCGAGGACUUUCAACAAAGUUUAUUUUUGCAAUUCAGAUAGCUUGAAGGGACUCGGAUUUUAUUAUGGAAAGGAUGAUAAUGAUACAAGAGCGAAGCUAACUCAUAACACAACAGAUUCAAAUGGAAAAACGUUCAAGAACGUCAAAUUCUGCCAUUCGACGAUUGCUGAAAAAGUCAAGAAUGGCCUCCGACAGAUUAAUUUAAAAUUCCAUUUUAACGAGUCAUACGAUCGAACCUGCAAUGGACUGAGAAUAAGAUGCCCAAAAAUGCAGAUUCCUCAACUUAUUAUCUUUACAUAA